AUGUUUAAAUUUGGGUUUUCGAGGGAUAAGAAGGAUGAAGGUAUUUUUUCGUUAUUAUAUUUUCGUUAUACAUUUUUCUUUUCGUUAUUAUUAAUUUAAAUUCUCAAUAACUAGAAUUAUUUUUGAGGUUAUAUUUGCGUUAUGUAUUAUCUCCGCAUAAUUUUUGAAUUCGAUUGAAAUGUUUGUCAUGUUAGUAAUUUAAAAAAUAAGGAUUUGAAUAGAGUUGUUAUUUUAGAAGAAAGUAAAGAUAUGAAAAACUCGACGAUUAAUUGGAUAUCUGCCUCAAAGGUGGAGGUAUUGGAAAUACAAGUUGAGAAACAGUAUGAACCCGUCGAUUACGCAGAAAAUCUAAUAUUUCCGGGUUGUAAACUAAAAUUAAUUCGAUCUGAGAGGGCUUUGCACGAUUUACAAAUGGACAAUUGUGCAAAUAUUAUAGAAGCGGAAUCGCAACAUUCUGAUCUCAUUCCCGCCAAGUAUGAAGGUGGUUUAAAAAUCUGGGAGUGUAGUUACGAUUUAGGCCAAUAUUUGUUCGAAAACAACGUCGAAUUCCAAGGCAAAUUUGUGUUGGAUUUAGGAUGUGGUACCGGUGUUAUUGGUCUCGUUGCUCUUCUUAAAAAUUCCAUCGUCCAUUUUCAAGAUUAUGUUUGUAUUUAUUAG